AUGUCCUCCCGACCGCGACGUAGUUGUGCAAGAGGUGACAAUUCGGUGUUGUCGCCUUCCACGAUAUUCCUCUGGUCCGACGCAAGACUGAAACAGGAACUGUCGAGAAGAGGAUUGAGCCGCACAGGAAUUAGACAAGAUCUCAUCGACAGAUUAUUGGACGAUAUCAAUGGGAUCAUAAAAAAGGAGGAACCGAGCAGUUUCAGUAGUUGUACUGAGGUUACAAAAGACAACGCAUGUGAAUCUCAAAAUAUCGAACUCGAGCCUCGCCUUGAAACUGAUGCAGAAUCGGCUGAGGAUAAAAAC